GCAGCUGUUCAGACCCUGAUCCAGGAAACUCGUGGGACUUGAAUGUCAAAGACUUUGGGUAACUGAACAGAUGAUAUAGCUACAUGUAGUAUGGCUCUAUCGUUGACCUGGCUUGCAGAGCCAUUUCUGGAUGAACAGGGUAGAGGGCACAGUAGAUAGACUAGGACUGUGUCUUGUGCUUUUUCAUCCAUAAGGACUCGCAAACAUAACCGCUCACCCAUUCAUAAAGAUAAACAUCUCUUUGAACUUAUGAAUUGAACGAGAACAAGAAAGAGGAACUCCAGAUGCUAUCUAGAUAGCAGUGCUCUGUUUAGCAUAGUGGCAUGGCAACUGGCAACUGUAUCACAGGAAAUUACCUUUGACCUUAGUGUUGAAAGAUUAAAGGCCACUGAUUAGGCCUACAUACCAUAAAUGGAACUGUAACGUUUUUACAACAUUAUUUUAAUGUUGUUUUAACACCACAGGUUACUCCGUCUAUGAGGACAGGAAGUUGCUUAGUCAAAACGACUCGGUGACACUGGCCAAGAAGGAUGACACAGACCUAACAACCGAGUUCAUCACCCCAGGAGAACAAGUGGGCUCGUACUUCGGGACCAGCCUAGCUGUCACCGACCUCAACAAUGACGAGUACGUCAACACCGACCAUAGGAAAUCCCCAGCUUUAGUGGGUCUCUCUCUGUGUGCCAAAUGCCAAUAGCUUGAUUAUCUAGCAGUCAGAAACCAAACAAUAGCAAACGCAAAGGCAAAAGAAUAGCAAAUGCUAAUCUUUUGAGAAAAGUAUUGAGAACAUUUUAUUAUUCUUUUAAUAUGUGAUUUAUUGAGUUUAAAUUAUAUCACCCUGUAAAAUAAAAUGGUACCAACAGCCCAUCAGCAGUAUUACCUCAGCUGUAGUUUUUACUUCUACUAUUACACGCUCUACCUGACUUAUGCAGAUAAUGUAUACAGUGGCUGAAUUGAAAAGAGACGGUCCUUGUCGUUUCACCACCUCAGAAAGGGUAUCUGUCAAGACAUCAUGGCUGAGGCAUGUGUGCUCUCUCUUCUCAUAACACAUGAGCAUUUGUCUUCAUUACCUGUUAGUAUGUCAGAGAUAAAGAUUAUACUGAAUAACACAUUGUCAAGAACAUACUUUGGCAACACAUGAGACAAGCCAAAAGAUGUAAAGCAUUAUGAUGCCAUGUCAUAGGCUAAGCUGAUAUGUUGCCCUCUCUGAAAGCCAAUAAUAAUACAAAAAUAAGGAGGUAUAAUGGUUGGUAAACUAUUCACUGAUACCAGCAUUGUGAUCCAGGUAUGCUACAAUGAUACAAUAUCUGUGUAUCUUGUGUGUUAAUAUUUGUGUGUGCACUUUUUUAUUUUAACCAUCCUAGAUGGAAUGACCUGAUCGUAGGUGCCCCGUUCUACUUUGACCGUAAGGAGAAUGAGGGAGGAGCGGUGUAUGUCUUCAUGAACGAGAACGGAUCUUUCCAGAAGACUCCUAGCAUGGUACUGAAGGGUCCUGCGGCAUCUGGUUUUGGAUUCGCCGUUUCAGCCAUUGGAGACGUCAACCAAGAUGGAUUCCAAGGUAGGACUAACAUACCAUGGUAACAUUUUGGGCAUUGUUCAAAUUCCUCCCUCCCUUACUUGAAGGAGUCACUCAUUUGAUAUGAUUGGACAGGUGACCGCAAGGGCUCCACCACAUGGCUUUCACCUGUCUAGUAAAAUAUAAUCAGUGAUUUCUUCAAAGGGAGAAGGAAAGAUGCACUUUUAAAGAAUUAGAACAGUGCUGAACUGUACCGCAAGGAGGACUGGAAUCAGAUCUACUUUGGUCAAAGAGAAUCAUGGUUAACCUCCUAUCAGAAUCCAUUGUACAAUGUCACCAAUAUGAUAGAGGCAAAUAUAAUUGGUGUCAUCAGAUAGGUCAGAAAUGGCUCUCCAGUCCAGUAAAACCUUUCUGCUGUUAUGCUGCUGCCACCUAGAGGCCAAAUACAGCCAGCACAAGGGCUUACAUCCAGGAUGACACUAUGCACUACUUACUUUGUAUUAUAUGCAUCAAAUAUGCAGAUUAUUAAUUGUUUGAGCAAACUUAAUUGGUCAUUUCCUAAAUGUAUGGUCAUGUAUUUCCAAUGCUUCUAUUUCCUCUAUAGACUUUGCAGUAGGAGCCCCAUUUCAUGAGUCUAGGAAGGUCUACAUCUUUAUGGGAAGCAAGAAGGGAAUCUCUGAGGAGCCCAGUCAGGUACAGUAAUAUUACCCAUUAGGGAAUUAGACUGGUUUGAUUCAUUUUAUACACGGAAAAAUAUAAACGCGACAUGCAACAAUUUCUACGUUUUUACUGAGUUACAGUUCACAAAAGGCAAUCAGUCAACUGAAAUAAAUAAAUUAGGCCCUAAUCUAUGAAUUUCACAUGACUGGGUAUACAGAUAUGCAUCUGUUGGUCACAGAUACCUUAAAAAAAAAAGUAGGGGUGUGGAUCAGAAAACCAGUCAGUAUCUGGUGUGACCACCAUUAGCCUCAUGCAGCGCAACACAUCUCCUUUGCAUAGAGUUGACCAGGCUGUUGAUUGUGGCCUGUGGAUUGUUCUCCCACUACUCUUCAAUGGCUGUGCGAAGUUGUUUGAUAUUGGCCGGAACUGGAACACACUAUCGUACACGUCGAUCCAGAGCAUCCCAAACAUGCUCAAUGGGUGACAUGUCUGGUGAGUAUGCAGGCCAUGGAAGGACUGGGACAUAUCCAGCUUCCAGGAAUUGUGUACAGAUCCUUGCGACAUGGGGCUGUGUAUUAUCAUGCUGAAACAGUAGGUGAUGGCGGCGGAUGAAUGGCAUGACAAUGGGCCUCAGGAUCUCAUCACGGUAUCUCUGUGCAUUCAAAUUCCCAUAGAUAAAAUGCAAUUGUGUUCGUUGUCUGUAGCUUAUGCCUGCCCAUACCAUAACCCCACCGCCACCAUGGGGAACUCUGUUCACAAAGUUGACAUCAGCAAACCGCUCGCCCACACAACACCAUACACGCUGUCUGCCAUCUGCCCAGUACAGUUGAAACCGGGAUUCAUCUGUGAAGACCCAUCAGCUGUCCGGGUGACUGGUCCCAGACGAUCUCGCAGGUGAAGAAGCCGGAUGUGGAGGUCCUUGUCGGGGUUGUGAGGCCGGUUGGACGUACUGCCAAAUUCGGCUUAUGGUAGAGAAAUGAACAUUCAAUUCUCUGGCAACAGCUCUGGUGGGCAUUCCUGCAGUCAGUAUGCCAAUUGCACGCUCCCUCAAAACUUGAGACAUCUGUGGUAUUGUGUUGUGUGACAAAACUGCACAUUUUAGAUUGGCCUUUUAUUGUCCCCAGCACAAGGUGUAAUGAUCAUUCUGUUUAAUCAGCUUCUUGAUAUGCCACACCUGUCAGGUGGAUGGACUAUCUUGGCAAACGAGAAAUGCUCACUAACAGGGAUGUAAACAAAUGUGUGCACAACAUUUGAGAGAAAUAAUCUUCUUGUGCGUCUGGAAAAUGUCUGGGAUCUUUUAUUUCAGCUCAUGAAACAUGGGACCAACACUUUACAUGUUGCGUUUAUAUUUGUGUUCAGUAUAGAUCAUAGUUCAUUAAUAUUCCCCCAGUAAUGCACAAUACAUUAUCUGCUAUGAAUACAAAAGGACAGGGAGAACUGAGGCAAAUGCAGGGAAAUGGGGGAAAGAUUUGAGGAGAUUUUCAAUUGGUUUUGCUUGACUCCUCGCAUCCUCUCCUCAGUCCUCCCUCCUUUUGGAAAAGGUCAAAGGUAAUCAAGGCGAGAGGGGGAGGAGAGGAAACAUGGAUACAAAUGCACUUCUAUGAGACUCUCCUUCUCCACUUCAGUAUCCUCCACUAAAGGAAGCAAUCGAGAAGAGGAGGAAACUCCUCCGCUCACCUAUUAACUAAUUGAUACUCUCCUACAUAUGGCGACCACUUAUCAGUUUCCAGGUCACGGAGGAGAGGAGAACGGAGGAGUUGAGGAGAGGACAGACUAUAUCCCAGUUGAGAAUCUUUAACUGUAUUGUGAUUUAUGUAGCUAGCAACGUGUCCGUGUUGCCCUCUAUAGGUGAUUGAGGGGAAGUCAGUGGGUAGUAGUUGGUUCCAGACCUUUGGUUAUUCCAUCAGCGGAGGUAUGGACAUGGAUGAGAACAGUUACCCUGACCUCCUAGUUGGUUCUCUGGAUGAUCGCAUCGCUCUGCUCAGGUAAGUAGUGAACAAUAAAUAUGUAUUGAAUUUAAUAAACUAAAACUGCCAAAAUAAAUUUGGAUAUAUUUAUCCAUUUUGAUCUUGUUUCUGUCUCACUUUAAUCUGUCCCUCCAACAUGUCUGCUCUUGAUAGUAAUAUAAUUAUUUUUGUGUAUGUAUUUUUAUUCUUUGUGUAAUCUUUUAACAUUGUUCAUUUUCCAGGGCUCGUCCAGUUAUCCAUCUCUCUAAGAACAUCACUGUGCAGCCAAAGAUUGUGGACCCUAACGUUUGUCCCCCUGGAAACAAACCCUGGUGAGAAAGGUUCCGCUCAGAUCACACUGUAUAAAGUCAAUUAAUGUCAACUGUUCUUUGGUAACAGUUCAUUUUAAUGGGUCCUUAUUACAGUGUAAUUACACUAACAAGUAGUGCAGUUAAUUGUAAUAACUCAUAGUUACACUGUAAUAACAACAUGUAACUGGUUGUAAUUGCAAUCUGUAAGGUGUGACAACAAAAGCUUACAAAAGGACAAGUUUCCACAAAAUUCACCAAUUUCGUGUUUUGUUUCUUCUCAGCUGCAUCCGAUUCAGUGACAACUGUCACAAGGUUGUAAUCUCUUGUGUACAGAUAUGCUGGGUGUCCGAGAUUACAAAGGUUGGAGGCUCAAUAGGGUCUAAUUACCUACCUGUGAAUGCGCACUCUUCAAAAUCUCCACUCAAUGUUGUUGCUAGCACUUUCCCCCAAAAAGUGUACCAUCUGGGUUAACUUGGAUACAUUUACAAAAACUGUUAUAGGUCAACUUCACUGACUGGGGUCUACCUUGUGCUUGAGUUGCCACGACGUGGUUGUGUAUGUACUUUUGUUUUUGUAGUUAACCAAAAUAUAACAUUUUGCAUUCCAUUAUAAUACAUGUUUUUACAUUACCCAUUAUGACAACCUGAACCUCCUUGCCAUCCAAGUAGUUAAAAGUGAAGUGUAUGGUGAGGGGUACUUAUUUGUAAUUAAUGUGUACUUAUACAGUACAUUACCCAUCCUGACAACCCGGCCUCAUUUUAAAGACGUCCUCCAGCAAUGUUUUUACUUCUACUGUUGAAAAGCGAUAUCCCAAGUAUAAAUACAGUAAAGUACACAUACUAAAGGGUAGAAAAAGGGGCCUAGCCCGAACCAUGAGAAACAGCCCCAGACCAUUAUUCCUCCUCCACCAAACUUUACAGUUGGCACUAUGCAUUGGGGCAGGUAGCGUUCUCCUGGCAUCCGGCAAACCCAGAUUCGUCUGUCAGAUGGUGAAGUAUGAUUCAUCACUCCAGAGAAUGUGUUUCCACUGCUCCAGAGUCCAAUGGCGGCGAGCUUUACACCACUCCAGCCGACGCUUGGCAUUGCGCAUGGUGAUCUUAGGCUUGUCUGCGGCUGCUCGGCCAUGGAAACCCAUUUCAUGAAGCUCCCGACGAACAGUUCUUGUGCUGACGUUCAGAGGCAGUUUGGAACUCGGUAGUGAGUGUUGCAACCGAGGACAGACAAUUUUUACACGUUACGCGCUUCAGCACUCAGUGGUCCUGUUCUGUGAGGUUGUGUGGCCUACCACUUCGCGGCUGAGCCGUUGUUGCUCCUAGACGUUUCCACUUCACAAUAACAGCACUUCCAGUUGACCGGGGAAACUCUAGCAGGGCAGAAAUUUGACCAACUGACUUGGAAAGGUGGCAUCCUAUGAUGGUGCCACAUUGAAAGUCACUGAGCUCUUCAGUAAGGCCAUUCUACUACCAAUGUUUUGCAUGGCUGUGUGCUCGAUUUUAUACACCUGUCAGCAACGGGUGUGACUGAAAUAGCCAAAUACACUAAUUUGAAGGGUUGUCCACAUACAUUUGUAUAUAUAGUGUAUAUAGUACAUUUCCCAUCCUAACAGCAUGGCCCUCAUUUUAAAGCUUCUGGAAGCGCCAUCCAUGUGGGAGGGUAAACACACUAGUACACCACAGAGUACAUGUACUAUCUGCCUAAGUACAAUGUAAUUAAUAGGUGGUACACAGGAUUUAGAUAUUUAAAGUGAAGUGUAACUUUAUAGGUGCCUAUGAGCAAUUACCAUAUAAUUACUUACUACUCAUUACCAAGUGAAAUAAAUAAGUGCACCAAUGGGAUCCCAUCCAAAACUAAGAAUGUUCUUCAACCGUGAAACCCUUGCAAGGUUACAUGAUGGAAUAAUAGUUGGUCUUAUUGUGACAGGCUGGCCGAUACCGUGUCAUCGAAAAGGCUUAAAAAAGAGGAACUACGAAAUAAAUAGUUAUAGAAGUACUUCAUGUACAGUAUUUUAAAAAACCUACAGACUUACAAAGUAAACGCACAUGGCUGGUGGCUAAAACAAAUGGCUCUUCCACACAUUCAGGAAACACACCUUUUCAAGAAAACACAGGCCCUGAUUACAGAUUGCAGGCACCUUUGCCGAUUAGCCACUCCCACCAAUUAGGCAUUAUAUAUGCAAUACAACAGGAAAUGCUUGGAGAUGAUAGAAAGUGCAGGUUAUGGAUUAAAUGAAUUGAUACAGAAAAUAAAUAAUAUUGCAUCCCAAUAAUCCAGUUAAAACAUUUCAAUAAAUACUUUGAAUCCAUAUACAAUGAGUAUAGGAACACUAUUGAGUCUCCUUCACACCAUUUUAAGUGCAUUUAUUAACCAUUAUUCAACCUAGCUUAAUAGGCUCACAAUUUGGCAAGUACUGAAUGACUAUCUCACAAUUGUAACCAUAACUGUUUAUUAAUGUGUCUAAAAAUGUUUAAUUAAUGCUCAAUAAUGUAACUGAACCAUUGUUAAGCUUGUCAAGAUACUGUUGCUAUCCAGGUCAAAUACACCGUUAAAUGAUUUAACAAUUUAAACUAUUUUUUAUGUGAACCCCACGUUUUUUCCAUAGUGCUCAUAAGCUUCCAUGAAUUUGAAACGAAAGCUUGACCUGGGCCUGGGGAUCAGACUCCAGAGCCCUUUGUUGCAUAGUGGUGUCAUUGAGGUGGUCGGUUUUCAACACUUAUCAGUUGGUUUGUGCAGGCUGAAGUAUGGUGCUUUCGGAUGCUAUCAGAAACUUGUAACAAGCAUGGUAACAAGCAUUUUCAGUUACACCUCUGUAAUUACAGACUGCAAUUACCACCAGUUACAGUAUAACUAUGAAUUAUUACAAUUUAAAUACAAUACUUGCUACAGUGUAAUUACAUACUGUAUGUAAUUACACUGUAAUAAGGACCCCUUAAAAUGAAUUGUUACCGUCUCUUCUUUAUGUCUUCUACAGUAUGAUCGUGACAGUGUGUUUCUCCUACACACUCAGCAAUGGAAACAAAGAUUUCAAGAAAAACAUAAGUGAGUGCUAUUCCCUUUCUAAUACAUCCUCAUACAGUAUAUACACCUGGCCUGUACUUAUUCCUGACUGUACAUCUAACUACUUGUGUCUUUCUUCCCUGUGUAGCGGUGAAGUACACAAUGGAAGCUGACAUGGAUCGCCGGCACCCUCGAGUUCACUUCCUGGACAAUAAGCAUGACACCUACACAGGCUUCCUCACAAUGCCAUCUCCCAAGACUGAGUGUCAGGUGCUGGAGCUCAGAGUAGAGGUAAAAUACUGUACACACACACGCAUAUGACUGAUCACACAGGACAGGCACACACACUCAUCUGUAUCAUCUUCUCCAGGAUUAUGUGAGGGACAUGCUGGAGCCGGUGGUUUUCUCCCUCAAUGUGUCCCUGGAUGAACAGAAACCCAAAGUCAGGAAGGCCCUGCAGAACCUGGACUCCUACCCUGUAUUGACCCACAAACAGAAAGUCACUGCAAGGAAAAAGGUAUGUUACUGAUUUAUGAAUAACCUGAUUCCAUUGAGUAUGUAGUGAUGAGUAUGUUUUCAAACUCUUUCUUCCCCUUUUUUGCAGAUGAACUUCCAGAAGGAGUGUGGCUCAGACAACAAGUGCACUAGUAACCUGCAGCUAACAGCUAAGUUUGCUAACGAGAGACUGAAGCCUUACUCCAGGUAUGUGGAAAACACAGAGGAAGAUACAGUUGAAGUCGGAAGUUUACAUACACCUUAGCCAAAUACAUUUAAACUCAGUUUUUCACAAUUCCUGACAUUUAAUCCUAGUAAAAAUGCCCUUUCUUAGGUCAGUUAGGAUCACCACUUUAUUUUAAGAAUGUGAAAUGUCAGAAUAGUAGUAGAGAAAAUGAUUUAUUUCAGCUUUUAUUUCUUUCAUCACAUUCCCAGUGGUUUAGAAGUUUACAUACACUCAAUUAGUAUUUGGUAGCAUUGUCUUUACAUUUUUUAACUUGGGUCAAAUGUUUUGGGCAGCCUUCCACAAGCUUCCCACAAUAAAUUGGGUGAAUUUUGGCCCAUUCCUCCUGACAGAGCUGGUGUAACUGAGUCAGGUUUGUAGGCCUCCUUGCUCGCACACGCAUUUUCAGUUCUGCCCACAAAUGUUCUAUAGGAUUGAGGUCAGGGCUUUGUGAUGGCCACUCCAAUACCUUGACUUUGUUGUCCUUAAGCCAUUUUGCCACAACUUUGGAAGUAUGCUUGGGGUCAUUGUCCAUUUGGAAGACCCAUUUGCGACCAAGCUUUAACUUCCUGACUGAUGUCUUGAGAUGUUGCUUCAAUAUAUCCACAUAAUUUUCCUUCCUCAUGAUGCCAUCUAUUUUGUGAAGUGCACCAGACCCUCCUGCAGCAAAGCACCCCCACAGCAUGAUGCUGCCACCCCCGUGCUUUAUGGUUGGGAUGGUGUUCUUCAGCUUGCAAGUUCCCCCUUUUUCCUCCAAACAUAACGAUGGUCAUUAUGGCCAAACAGUUCUAUUUUUGUUUCAUCAUACCAGAGGACAUUUCUCCAAAAAGUACAAUCUUUGUCCCCAUGUGCAGUUGCAAACCGUAGUCUGGCUAUUUUAUGGCGGUUUUGGAGCAGUGGCUUCUUCCUUGCUGAGCGGCCUUUCAGGUUAUGUCGAUAUAGGACUAGUUUCACUGUGGAUAUAGAUAUUUUUGUACCUGUUUCCUCCAGCAUCUUCACAAGGUCCUUUGCUGUUGUUCUGGGAUUGAUUUACACUUUUCGCACCAAAGUACGUUCAUCUCUAAUGACAGAACGCAUCUCCUUCCUGAGCGGUAUGACAGCUGCAUGGUCCCAUGGUGUUUAUACUUGCAUACUAUUGUUUGUACAGAUGAACAUGGUACCUUCAGGUGUUUGGAAAUUGCUCCCAUGGAUGAACCAGACUUGUGGAGGUCUACAAUUUUUUUUCUGAGGUCUUGGCUGAUUUCUUUUGAUUUUCCCAUGAUGUCAAGCAAAGAGGCACUGAGUUUGAAGGUAGGCCUUGAAAUACAUCCACAGGUACACCUCCAAUUGACUCAAAUGAUGUCAAUUAGCCUAUCAGAAGCUUCUAAAGCCAUGGAAUUUUCCAAGCUGUUUAAAGGCACAGUCAACUUAGUGUAUGUAAACUUCUGACCCACUGGAAUUGUGAUACAGUGAAUUAUAAGUUCAAUAAUCUGUCUGUAAACAAUUGUUGGAAAAAUGACUUGUGUCAUGCACAAAGUAGAUGUCCUAACCGACUUGCCAAAACUAUAGUUUGUUAACAAGAAAUUUGUGGAGUGGUUGAAAAAUGAGUUUUAAUGACUCCAACCUAAGUGUAUGUAAACUUCCGACUUCAAAUGUAUUUAAUUCAUGUGGUAUCGGGCAGAUGGUCAGUCUGAAUACAUUGAAAAUUAAUGUUACUCUAAGAACUAUAUGUUGUAAUCUAUUGUGUAUUUAACUUGAAUUGAUGUAUGGUUGAUGCAUGGUGAUUAUUGAGAAUAUUAAUGAAAUCUGUGAAACGUGUGAUGUCAUGGGGCCAAGCUCCUAUGAUGUCGUCUAAAAUAGAAGGUGGGUUGGAACGGCCACUUUGCCAGUACCUCUCUCUCCCAUUCAGCCAUGUAAAUGUUUGCAUAUGCAGGUGUACAUUUCUUACCCAUAGUUGUUCCCUCCACCUGUAAGUAGUGCCUACCAUUAAACAUGAAGUCAUUGCUUGUCAGGCUGAUCUCUAAUAGUUCUAAUAUGUCGUUGUCCGGUCUAUCCCUAUCUGGAAACCUAUUGAAAAGUGUUCUAACUGCCUCUAUCCCUACUACUGUGUUGAUAUUGGUGUAUAAGCUAUCUAUAUCAAUGGUGAAUAUAUAUAUAUAUAUAUAUAUAUAUAUAUAUAUAUAUAUAUAUAUAUAUAUAUAUACACACACACACAGUAUCUCACAAAAGUGAGUACACCCCUCACAUUUUUGUAAAUAUUUGAGAAUAUCUUUUCAUGUGACAUCACUGAAGAAAUGACACUUUGCUACAAUGUGAAGUAGUGAGUGUACAGCUUGUAUAACAGUGUACAUUUGCUGUCCCCUCAAAAUAACACAACACACAGCCAUUAAUGUCUAAAUCGCUGGCAACAAAAGUGAGUACACCCCAAAGUGAAAAUGUCCAAAUUGGGCCCAAAGUGUCAAUAUUUUGUGUGGCCACCAUCAUUUUCCAGCACUGCCUUAACCCUCUUGGGCAUGGAGUUCACCAGAGCUUCACAGGUUGCCACUGGAGUCCUCUUCCACUCCUCCAAGACGACAUCACGGAGCUGGUGGAUGUUAGAGACCUUGCACUCCUUGAUCAAACCACAACUCUAUCAAAUCAUGUAGGUCCCCACCAAAAAUGGGUUUGGACCCCAGUGCUUCAGAUUCACACGUUCUCCCUCUGGUGCAAUAUUCUGUCCAUGGUCCCUUAUACAUUAACUGUGCUGCUCUGUUUGUACGCAGUCAGGGGAACCACCAAUUGCUACAGUACAGAAGUAAUGUGAAGAAGGUGAUGCUACUAGUGGAGGUAGCUAACCUGCCUGGCCCUGGGAAGGUAGCUGAGGACGCCCACCAAGCCAUGCUCAACAUCUUCAUCCCCUCCACUCUCAGAUACUCUGGUGUGCGCUCCCAGGUAAAUCCACCAGAGGGUGAUAAAGGGUUAGGUAAAGUCUGACUAUUAACAGGUCCAUUGCCUUUAAUUGCUCUGUCAACUAUGUUCUGUACAUACAGGUAAUAGUGUCAUAAUGCCAACUGACAUUUACUCCUGAGGUGUUCAACUGUUGCACCCUCUAUAAUCACUGUGGUUAUUACUACACCCUGCUGGUCAUCUAUGAUAGUUUGAACGUCUUGAAGAACGAUCUGGCAUAAAUGGCCAUGUACUCUUUUAAUCUCCACCUCGGACAGCCAGAAGAGGACUGACCACCCCUCGGAGCCUCUCUAGGUUUCUGCCUUUCUAGGGAGUUUGUCCUAGCCACUGUGGCUUCUGCAUCUGCAUUGCUUGCUCUUUGGGGUUUUAGGCUGGGUAUCGGAAUAGCACUUUGUGACAACUGCUAAUGUAAAAGGUGCUUUAUAAAAUACAUUUGAUUGAUUAUGUGUAUUUAUUUGUAGGAUCCUGACAUGGAAUGUAGUGCUGAGAAGACUGUUAUGUGUGAGCUGGGGAAUCCACUGUGGAGCAAUGAGAUGGUAAGGCCAUACUGUUUUUACCCAUAGAGAUUAUACAGUAUAUCACAUCAUUGGUUUUACAUUUUAGUCAUUUAGCAGACGCUCUUAUCCAGAGCGACUUACAGGAGCAAUUAGGGUUAAGUGCCUUGCUCAAGGGCACAUCGACAGAUUUUUCACCUAGUCGGCUCAGGAUCAGCGACCUUCGGUUACUGGCACAACGCUCUUAACCACUAAGUUGUAUUUUUUUGUGAUCCAAUUGACAUUUUAGUCAUUUAGCAGACGCUCUUAUCCAGAGCGACUUACAAUUAGUGAGUGCAUACAUUUUUCAUACUGGCCCCCCGUGGGAAUCAAACCCACAACCCUUGCGUUGCAAGCACCAUGCUCUACCAACUGAGCUACAGGAGGGCCAAACCCUAUUUUAAUGUAGAUUUGUGAUAGUUAAAAUCUCACGACCCUCCCAUGGUUUGCAGGUCUCUCUGCAGCUCAUCUUUGAAACAUCAGGAAUCAACCUGAACACCAGGGAGAUUGAGUCUCAGUUACUGUUGUCUACAUAAGUAACAGGAGAUAUUUGUCGUCGCUCUACAUCAUUAUCUCAUUAUCUCAUUUACAACAGUCAGUCUUUAUGUCCAAGGGGGGAAUAUGAAUAUAAUUGGGUAAAUAAACUAGCCAAAUAAACACUUAUGUUGGUGUUGUUUCCCAAGGUUAAGUGAGCAGAAUGACCUGUACUCUGUGCUUGUGGUCCUGCUGAUAGAGAACUCCAUCCAGACUUCCAUUUCCAUGUAAGUGUAACUUCAGACACAUACUCCAUGUUGUCGUGAUGCAAUGCUAAGAGCCUGUAUAAUACUCUAACUUCCAUUGUCAUCCUCCUCCUUCUUCUUCUUCCUCCCCCUCUCUAAACAGAGAGAAGCCCCUGGUCCAGACCUACUUCAGCAGGGAGGUGACGGGAGAGUCUGCUAUGAACACCACCAGUGAUGUGGGCAGUCUGGUGGAAUACACCUUCAACGUGAGACACCAACACUUAGCUAAUGUCAGCCAUGUUGUGGGCUAGUGAGUGAUGUUUCCCGUUAACUCUGACCUGUAAUUGUAGGCUGAACAGUUUUGUGAAAGUAAUGUGUGCUGGAAAUAUUUUGCCAGUUGUCUGAAGUCCUGUGGGUGAGCUAGAUGUAGCUAGGUGUUGGCACAAAAAAAAUAAUAAUGUGUGGUUAAUAUUACUAUAAACACCACACUGCUUCUUCUUGUGAUGUUGUGGGGGAAGAGACCCCAAAUAAAAUAGAUCACAUUACAGAACAUUUAGAUAUACAUUAUUUAUGUAGAACAGACAUGCUUUGUUGUCACACAGAAUGCGGAAUCCCGUCAGCUCUGUAUACAUUGUCAUUUUUAUAUCUAUAUCCGUUCUGUUGCCAUGUGUCUUUCCUGUGGUGACUGUGAUAACACCAUUCUACCACCAGGUGUCAGUGGAGGGAGAGCCUCUGGGUGCACUGGGGACCCUGGUCAUGGAGUUUGAGUGGCCCUUCGAGGUGACCAAUGGGAAGUGGCUUCUCUACCUGACUGAGAUUGUCACCAAAGGGAGCAUCAGCGGGUUCGCCUGGGCAUGUGGUUCAUAGAAAUGCCAUGAAUUGAACUGACAUGUUUCCUUAGAAUCAGAGAGGCAUGUUUGUUAUACAUAAUACAUUUCUAUCUGAACGUUGCCCAACGUUAUGUCCGUCCUCCUGCUGAACAGGGCACUAGAACCAAAGAUUAUGGAUAUAAUAACAAGAUAUCUAGCGAUUUUUUUUGCCAUAUUAGCAUUGACAUGAAAUUAGUAAAAACACCUCAAAACAAGACAUGGUUUCAUCCAAAACAGCAUCCAAUUUGUAAGUCGCUCUGGAUAAGAGCGUCUGCUAAAUGACGUAAAUGUAAUGUAAAUGUAUCAAUAACCAGAUGAAACUAACUGAAACGAGACACAUGCGAUUCCCCACAUGGCAGUUUCUUGUCAUUCUUGCUAGCAAUCUGGCCAUCCAGAAACACAACAACACGCUGAAUUCUGCCCCAUGGAAACGCACACGCCAUUUUCGUGACGUUUGUAAGCUAACCCAUCUAUAGAAAUGCAUUUAUUAAUAUCUACAUUCAUUUUGACACAUUUAUAGAAAUGCAUUUAUUAUUGUCUACAUUCAUUUUUGACACAUUUUAUUUAUUACAGACACCUUAAUGCAAACUUUUAAAUUAUAUUAUGUGAGAUAAACAUAAAAAAAACGCACAAAAAAACAUUUUCCUUAAAGUAUAAUUUGUUUAGAUUACUAAUGUUACUGUCCCCACUACAACAAAACAUACUUAAAUAGAUGUAAUUUUGUCCUUGAAACAUUUAUGGAGGACUGGUGUGCCAAUAUGGCAGGCCGGUGGCUUCAAAGCCUCUCACCAAUUGGCCGGUGGCCAAUACAUAGCAUAAGCUAUCCAGGGUUUAAAUGCAUCAUCGUAAAAGACAGCGUGCUGACUUUUUAAUUAAACUUUCCAAAUUGUACAAACAUAUAUUGCAUUCGGAAAGUACUCAGACCCCUUCACUUUUUCCACAUUUUGUUACGUUACAGCCUUUUUCUAAAAUUGAUUAAAUUAUUUUCCCUCAUCAAUCUACACACAAUACCCCAUAAUGACAAAGCGAAACAGGUUUUUAGAAUUUUUUGCAAAUGUAUAAAAAAUUAAAAACUGAAAUACCUUAUUUACAUAAGCAUUCAAACCAGUUGAGUUCAGGUGCAUCCUGUUUCCAUUGAUCAUCCUUGAGAUGUUGCUACAACUUGAUUGGAGUCCACCUGUGGUAAAUUCUAUUGAUUGGACAUGAUUUGGAAAGGCACACACCUGUCUAUGUAGGGUCCCACAGUUGACAAUGCAUGUCAGAGCAAAAUCUGACAGAGCUCUAGAGUUCCUCUGUGGUGAUGGGAGAAGCUUCCAAAAGGACAACCAUCUCUGCAGCACUCCACCAAUCAGGCCUUUAUUGUAGAGUGGCCACUCCUGCUUGGAGUUUGCCAAAAGGCACCUAAAGGACUCUCAGACCAUGAGAAACAACAUUCUCUGGUGUGAUGAAACCAAGAUUGAACUCUUUGGCCUGAAUGCCAAGGGUCACGUCUGGAGGAAACCAGGCACAGCUCAUCAUCUGGCCAAUACCAUCCCUAUGGUGAAACAUGGUGGUGGCAGCAUCAUGCUGUGGGGAUGUUCUUUAGCAGCAGGGAGACUAGUCAGGAUCAAGGGAAAGAUGAACAGAGCAAAGUACAGAGAGAAACCUGCUCCAGAGCGCUCAGGACCUCAGACUGAGCCGAAGGUUCACCUUCCAACAGGACAAUGACCCUAAGCACACAGCCAGGACAACGCAGGAGUGGCUUCAGGACAAGUCUUUGAAUGUCCUUGAGUGGCCCAGCCAGAGCCCGGACUUGAACCCGAUCUAACAUCUCUGGAGAGACCUGAAAAUAGCUGUGCAGCGAUGCUCCCCAUCCAACCUGACAGAGCUUGAGAGGAUCUGUAGAGAAGAAUGUGAGAAACUCCUCAAAUACAUGUGUCCCAAGCUUGUAGCGUCAUACCCAAGAAGACUUAAGGCUGUAAAAGGUCUGUAUACUUAUAUAAACCAAAUUUGACAUCAAUAUAAUAUUAACAUUAUUUCAAAUAAUAAAUCAUGAAACUCCACCCAGAAAGUGGAAAUAUGAUCACAGUGUUCAGUAGUUUCAAUACCCCAUCCCAUCUGAUUUGGGCUUAGUGGGACUAUCAUUUGUUUUUCAACAGGACAAUGACCCAACACACCUCCAGGCUGUGUAAGGGCUAUUUGACCAAGAAGGAGAGUGAUGGAGUGCUGCAUCAGAUGACCUGGCCUCCACAAUCCCCCGACCUCAACCAAAUUGAGAUGGUUUGGGAUGAGUCGGACCGCAGAGUGAAGGAAAAGCAGCCAACAAGUGCUCAGCAUAUGUGGGAACUCCUUCAAGACUGUUGGAAAAGCAUUCCAGGUGAAGCUAGAUGAGAGAAUGCCAAGAGUGUGCAAAGCUGUCAUCAAGGCAAAGGGUGGCUAUUUGAAGAAUCUCAAGUAUAAAAUAUAUUUUCAUUUGUUUAACACUUUUUUGGUUACUACAUGAUUCCAUAUGUGUUAUUUCAUAGUUAUGAUGUCUUCACUAUUUUCUACAAUGUAGAAAAUAGUAAAAAUAAAGAAAAACCCUUGAAUGAGUAGGUGUUCUAAACUUUUAACCGGUAGUGUAGAUGGCUGUUGUUUGCAGGAUAAGGAGUGUAACAAUAAAAAUGUCAGGCAAGUUAUUUCCAAAUAAUUAUUCCCAGAACAGUUAAAAAGGAAUUAAAUCUGUAAAAUUGUUGAUGUAGCUGUAACCAAGAAAAUAAGAAGACAUUUAUGUCUUUCCCUAUACCACCCAAGGCCAAAUAGAACCAUUUUAAAAUUCUAAAUUAUAUUUAUCCAUCAAAUGAAUUAAGAAUGAGAUUGAAAAUAGCUGUGCAUUCGGAAAGUAUUCAGACCCCUGGACUUUUUCCACAUUUUGUUAUGUUACAGCCUUAUUCUAAAAUUGAUGACAUCUUUUUUUGCCACUGAUCAAUCUACACACAAUACCCCAUAAUGACAAUGAAAAAACAGGUUUUUAGAUUUUUUAGCAAAUGUAUAAAAAUAAAAAACAGAUCACAUUUACAUAAGUAUUUACUUAGUACUUUGUUGAAGCACCUUUGGCAGCGAUUACAGCCUCGAGUCUUCUUUGGUAUGACGCUACAAGCUUGGCACACCUGUAUUUGGGGAGUUUUCUACCAUUCUUCUCUGCAGAUUCUCUCAAGCUCUGUCAGGUUGGAUAGGGAGCGUCGCUGCACAGCUAUUUUCAGGUCUCUCUAGAGAUGUUAGAUCGGGUUCAAGUCCGGGCACUGGCUGGGUCACUCAAGGACAAUCAGAGGCUUUUUCCCGAAGCCACUCCAGCGUUGUCUUGGCUGUGUGCUUAGGGUCAUUGUCCUGUUGGAAGGUGAACCUUCGCCCCAGUCUGAGGUCCUGAGCACUCUGGAGCAGGUUUUCAUCAAGGAUCUCUCUGUAGUUUGCUCCGUUAAUCUUUCCCUCAAUCCUGACUAGUCUCCCAGUCCCUGCCUCUGAAAAACAUCCCCACAGCAUGAUGCUGCCACCACCAUGCUUCACCGUAGGGAUGGUACCAGGUUUACUCCAGACGUGACACUUUGCGUUCAGGCCAAAGAGUUCAAAAUUGGUUUCAUCAGACCAGAGAAUCUUGUUUCUCAUGGUCUGAGAGUCCUUUAGGUGCCUUUUGGCAAACUCCAAGCGGGAUGUCAUGUGCCUUUUACUGAGGAGUGGCAUCCGUUUGGCUAAUCUACCAUAAAGGCCUGAUUGGUGGAGUGCUGCAGAGAUGGUUGUCCUUCUGGAAGUUUCUUCCAUCUCCACAGAGGAAGUCUGAAGCUCUGUCAGAGUGACCAUCGGAUUCUUGGUCACCUCCCUGACCAAGGCCCUUCUACCCCGAUUGCUCAGUUUGGCUUGGCGGCCAACUCUAGGAAGAGUUUUGGUGGUUCCAAACUUCUUCCAUUUAAGAAUGAUGGAGGCCACUGUGUUCUUGGGGACCUACAAUGCUGCAGACAUUUUUAUGUACCCUUCCCCAGAUCUGUGCCUCGACACAAUCCUGUCUCGGAGCUCUAUGAACAAUUCCUACGACCUCAUGGCUUGGUUUUUGCUCUGAUGUGCACUGUCAACUGUGGGACCUUAUAUAGACAGGUGUGCCUUUCCAAAUCAUGUCCAAUCAGUUGAAUUUACUACAGGUGGACUCCAAUCAAGUUGUAGCAACAUCUCAAGGAUGAUCAAUGGAAACAGGAUGCACCUAAUCUCAAUUUCGAGUCUCAUAGCAAAGGUUCUAAAUACUUUUAUAAAUAUGGUAUUUCUGUUUUUUAUUUUUAUACAUUUGCAAAAAUUUCAAAUAAAUUGUUUUCGCUUUGUCAUUAUGGGGUAUUGUAUUUAGAUUGAUGAGGAUUGAAUCAAUUUUAGAAUAAGGCUGUAAUGUAACAAAAUGUGGAAAAAGGGAAGGGGUCUGAAUACUUUCCAAAUGCACUGUAGAGUGUAACGUCUGUACAUUUUGUAGGAAAGGCAUGCUGAUUGCUCAAGUAACACAGUGAUGAUGAGUUUCUCUGGUAUCAGAUAAUUCAACAUGCAAAAAUAUAUUUAACACUUAGAUGGAGAGUUGAUACAUGUAUUUAAUAUACGGUACUGGAUUCAACAUAACAAGCUGCAUGCGAGUUGCCCCUUACCAUUUGAAUGACAUACAUAGAAACAUGUAACACACCUUCAUGACCCAUAAUCACUGUGAUGAAUUUAAAGACAUCUAAGCUGAAAGCGCAAAAUUUGUCCAGCUAGUUUGCCAGGGGUAGUGUGUUUUAUUUAUUUUCUUGACUGGUGGCACAUCCAUUGCUAACUUGCUGACCCUAUAAUGAAGACUAAGACCAGUGAUUGUGCAAGUAAUUAUGUAGCUAGCAAGUAUUAUUGGCUUCAAAACAUUCACCAUAGGUUUUUCACACAGCCAGAACUACCCAGUGUUAGCUAGUUAGAUAUAACCUGACACAGCAAAAAAUUACAAAACUACAAAUGUACAUGUAAAGCUAACUAGCUACUAGCCAGGAGAAAGCUUAUAGUUGCUCACGUUCGUUAACAUAUCAAAGUUAAGUCACAUUCAUACACUUUUUACUUAAAUGUACUUUUUUGUUGCAAACAACAAUUUCAGUGACUUUAAUUCAGUGACUUAUUCAGGUAUUAAUCCCCCUUGGCGUUUUUCCUAUUUUGUUGCAUUACAACCUGUAAUUUAAAUGGAUUUUUAUUUGGAUUUCAUGUAAUGGACAUACACAAAAUAGUCCAAAUUGGUGAAGUGAAAUGAAAAAAAUUACUUGUUUCAAAAAAAUAAAUAACGGAAAAGUGGUGCGUGCAUAUGUAUUCACCCCCUUUGCUAUGAAGCCCCUAAAUAAGAUCUGGUGCAACCAAUUACCUUCAGAAGUCACAUAAUUAGUUAAAUAAAGUCCACCUGUGUGCAAUCUAAGUGUCACAUGAUCUGUCACAUGAUCUCAGUAUAGAUACACCUGAUCUGAAAGGCCCCAAAGUCUGCAACACCACUAAGCAAGGGGCACCACCAAGCAAGCGCACGAUGAAGACCAAGGAGCUCUCCAAAUAGGUCAGGGACAAAGGUGUGGAGAAGUACAGAUCAGGGUUGGGUUAUAAAAAAAUAUCCGAAACUUUGAACAUCCCACGGAGCACCAUUAAAUCCAUUAUUAAAAAAUGGAAAGAAUAUGGCACCACAACAAACCUGCCAAGAGAGGGCCGCCCACCAAAACUCACGGACCAAGCAAGGAGGGCAUUAAUCAGAGAGGCAACAAAGAGACCAAAGAUAACCCUGAAGGAGCUGCAAAGCUCCACAGUGGAGAUUGUAGUAUCUGUCCAUAGGACCACUUUAUGCCGUACACUCCACAGAGCUGGGCUUUACGGAAGAGUGGGCAGAAAAAAAACCUUAAAGAAAAAAAUAAGCAAACAUGUUUGGUGUUCGCCAAAAGGCAUGUGGGAGACUCCCCAAACAUAUGGAAGAAGGUAAUCUGGUCAGAUGAGAAUAAAAUUGAGCUUUUGGCCAUCAAGGAAAACGCUAUGUCUGUUGCAAACCCAACACCUCUCAUCACCCCGAGAACACCAUCCCCACAGUGAAGCAUGAUGGUGGCAGCAUCAUGCUGUGGGGAUGUUUUUCAUCGGCAGGGACUGGGAAACUGGUCAGAUUGGGGAAUGAUGGAUGGCGCUAAAUACAUUCUUGAGGGAAACCUGUUUCAGUCUUCCAGAGAUUUGAGACUGGGACGGAGGUUCACCUUCCAGCAGGACAAUGACCCUAAGCAUACUGCUAAAGCAACACUCAAGUGGUUUAAGGGGAAACAUUUAAAUGUCUUGGAAUGGCCUAGUCAAAGCCCAGACCUCAAUCCAAUUGAGAAUCUGUGGUAUGACUUAAAGAUUGCUGUACACCAGCGGAACCCAUCCAACUUGAAAAGAGCUGGAGCAGUUUUGCCUUGAAGAAUGGGCAAAAAUCCCAGUGGCUAGAUGUGCCAAGCUUAUAGAGACAUACCCCAAGAGACUUGCAGCUGUAGUUGCUGCAAAAGGUGGCUCUACAAAGUAUUGACUUUGGGGGGGUGAAUAGUUAUGCACACUCAAGUUUUCAGUUUUUCUGUCUUAUUUCUUGUUUGUUUCACAAAAAAAAGAAAUGGCAUCUUCAAAGUGGUAGACAUGCUGUGUAAAUCAAAUGAUACAAACCUCCCCAAAAUCCAUUGUAAUUCCAGGCAACAAAAUAGGAAAAAUGCCAAGGGGGGUGAAUACUUUCGCAAGCCACUGUACUUUCCCUGGUACGGUGAGUAAUGAUGGUAGUGCUGCACAGAGCUUUCCUUUUCACUCACACACUGCCACGCUGCUUGUAACAACCAAGAGUGAGAACAAAGCUGUCAGUGGGGGCGGGGGAAGGGACACACGUUCCAGCAGCGGAGGUCUUAAAAAAAAAAAAAGGUCCUUCAACUAAUCUGGUGACUUGUUUGUCAAAAUAACAGUCUCGCAAUGUUUUUAUUUUAUUUCAUUUUUUAAUGGGGGGGGGGGGGGGUUGGGGCAUUUUAACUGCUUCUAACAUAAUCUCUGUUUACACCCACAGUUAAUCACCAAUAUUUGGAAUAAGGAACACUAUUUGGAACGAAACACCCAAUGAAACCAGACUUGGUCAAAUCGGCUAAAUAUUAAUUAUGUCUGCACAAAGAUAGACUGAAAAGGUCAAUGAUAUUUUGGGAAGUUAGUAGGAGUUCUCUUUAUUUUCAUACCAGUAAUUAUGUGAUGCAAUGUGGUUCUUUGUCUGUCUCCUCCCCUUCUUGUCUCUCCCCCUGCUUCCCUACCUCCUCUCCUUUUUGUCUCUUCCUCUACUCCCUUUUUCUCUCUCUUUCUCCUCCUCUCUUCCGCUCCUGUCUGUCUCUCUCUCUCUCCAGUUGUCCGAGAACAGGAGCAAGCGUCCCAAAAGAGGGCUGGAGGGUGAACACCUACAUAUCAUCGAGCCUCAGGCAGCCAUUACUUUGCUACCUCAUCAUAAAGAAACCUAUCUACUGGUGAGGACAGGCUAUUUGAAUAAUUAACCAUUAGUCCAUGAUCUAUUAAUUCAGAUACUGAAUAUAACAUCAUAUCUAGACAGAUGUAUGGUCAAUUAGAGGUUGUAGACACAACGUUGGUGAGCUUUCACUUCAAUUAUGGAGCGGCUAGAGUGUCUGGUCCUAAUUCUUGACUUGUCUGUGUUGUGAAGGAAUGUUCAAAAUGGACGGCCCGCUGUGUGACGUUCACUUGUCCCUUGAUCAACAUGUCUACCUCUGCCAAGAUCAUUGUGAGGUCACGGGUAUGGAACAGCACUAUGCUAGAGGUCAGAGGUCAGAGGUUAAAGCAGGACUACAACAAUGCUUUGAGGAUCAAGGUUAGAGGUCAGGCCACAAUGAAACUGGUGACGGACAACCCCACCAUCAAGAUGGAAAGUGAGACCAGAGAGGUUAGUGUCUUGAUGAUAAUGGUUGAUGUUGAUGAUGAUAUGUAGACAAAUGGUAUGGAUUAUAUGGAUAUUGCUCAUGCUAUUCUUCUCCACGCCCCUCUCUCUCUCUCUCUCUCUCUCUCUCUCUGACCUCUCUCUCUCUCUCUCUCUCUCUCUCUCUCUCCAUCUCUCUCUCUCUAUCUCUCUAUAUCUCUAUCUCACUCACUCACUUACUCACUCACUCACUCACUCCAUCCUCUUCUCUUUCAUUUCCAAUCCUUCAGUUCGUAGUAGACAUUGACCCAGUCCUUGGAGAGGAGACGCCUUACGAGUGUCCGCUUUGGAUCCGCGGUAGCAAGGAUCCUACUGUUAGGAGUCAUCAGCAUCAUUCUAUGGAAGGUGAGAACCCUAAGGACUACUUUUAGAUCAAUACCUACUGUAUAGACUGGUUGGUUGUUUAGAAACAAAACCGACGCGUGGCAACUAUGGGGCAAAACAGACAGGGUUGGCUUAGAAUGUUGACAGCAUGGAAGUUAUAUUGAAAACAUAAAUACAUUUGCACAAUGAGCACUUGUUGUCUCUCAAAUACAUCGUUACAGUUGUUGGUUACAUAGCUAGCACAUUUUUGCCAUAUUAGCAUUGGCAUGAAAAAGACAAGAUGAAACUAGCUGAAACGAGCCACUUAGGAUUCCCAACAUGGCAGUUUCUUGUCAUUGUUGCUAGCCAUCUGGCCAUCCAGAAUCACAACAACUCACAGACUUCUGCCCCAUUAAGGCGUGCACAUUGUUUUCGUGAUGUUAUCAGCUAACCCAUCUAUACUCAUCCUGUAUUUGUAUUAUUUUUGGUUAUCAUGUUUGAAUGUAUAACUGUUAUGAUAUGUCUCUUGCACACUGCUUGCAUGCAAUAGUAUCCCGUCUACCCCAAUGCACCAGGGGUUAAAAUUAUUCUAUGUAGCCUACAUGUGUGAGUGCCUUUUCAUAUCGACUGUGUUUUUAUCAAAUAUGUUGUUGUACUGUACCUAUCAGUGAUACUCCAUUAAACUCAAUUGCGCUAGUUGGCUAGUUUUAGCAUGAUACUGCUAUCAAAUAGCCUACAGUAUGUAUGUGCUGCCCCAUUAAAGUCAAUAGCACUAGCUUGCUAGCCGUUAGCUUCUCCAUGUAGCUCCAGUGAACUGUAUCUCAUGGUCCCCCAGUGUGGCUUCUUCAGGAGGGCCAGCAGGGGGGAGAUGUACGAGGCCAAGGCCCAGAAGGCUGAGAUGAAGAUCCAGCCCUCAGAGACGAAGAGGCUGACUGAGGACUACUGAGACAGGAGAGGCCUCCACUGAGGGACCAUCCUAUACUCCACAAGGGCUCCUGGGUAAUGCAGUCCUUCGGCCUCCGCCACUGGCAGCUUCGGGCACACUAGACGUAACGCCUUGUAGAUUGUGGGAUGUAGUUGGUUAUAGGCAAUUAAUGUGUAGAAGGGAAUUUGGAUUUCUUCCAUACUAAUUUUUCUUCACUUCAAUUCUAAUUAGCUUUUGUGUCGCCCUUCUUUUUCAGGCUGAUAGAUUGUACUUUAACUACAUUUGUAUUUCUUCUACUAACCUAAAUGGUCUAAUUCUGUCUAAUUCCUGAGUUUAGCCUCCAGAUUUUCCAAUUGUUACAUAUAAAAAUCAACACUAUUUGAAUAUGGCUUUCCCUAAUGUGUUGUCUGUCUUCCCAACAACUUGGCUUCUUCAAACUGGCCAUCUACUACCAGAUUAUGCCAAAGUACUAUGGAGUGAAAAUCCGUAAGGAGGAGCGCUACCAGUUCAACAUUGGCUUCCGGCCGGAGGAUGCAGGCAAGAAGUACUGGAUCACCAACUGGACAGAGAUGCAACGUUACUUCUACUGA